AGGACAAACCAAAAGGAAAAAUACACGAGGCUGAAAUUACGGUGUGGUUCGCAACGAGACACACACACACGCACAGCCCCACAUAGGGACGAUGUCCAAGAAGACUGAGAAGGCAGACGCGGAGCUCGCACAGCUGCAAGUUCCUUCGCACAGCCUGCCUAACGAAACAACAGCACAAGCGUCAGUGACGCAGAAGAACGCGGCGGGUACGCUCCGUGAUAAUGCAUCGAGAUCCAAAGCACAGCGCCUUCGCGAACGCAUCAAGCCUUUUCCGGUGGCACGAAGUACUCCCGGUUACCAAGCAGUCCUCGAAGACAUUGAGCGCCGACGAGGGCGAGAGAUGCGUCACACACUGCGCACCGCCGAAGCUGUGCGGAAAAAGCAGCAGUACCGCAACAUUGCACUGGCUGCGUUGCUCGUCGUAGCACUUGGGAUCGCCGCCCUGUUGUUCUCACGGCGAGGGUGA